AUGAUUCGGUCAGAAGGUCGCUUCGAUCAGAAACGGAAAAGAACCGACCACAGGAAAACCCAGUUCGCGACUGCGACAUACAAAGACCAUGAUUAUCCCAAUAGAUUAUCCUUCUACGACAUCCUACCUACCCAAGAAAUCAGCCUUGAAGAGUUUGAGACCUGGGCAAUCGACCGCUUGAGAAUUCUUGCAGAAAUCGAAUCAUGUUCAUUCCGCAACAAGUCGCCUCAGGAAACCGCGGCCCAUCUCGAGCCACUACUGAAGAAGUAUCUCCCACUAUCGUCCAAUUCGGCUGCCGCAGGGGGCGUUGUGGAUGAGCGGCUCAAAAGUGAACGACGAAAGGACCACUAUUCCCAUUAUAUCCUACGCCUUGCGUUCUCAGGCACUGAAGACCUACGACGGCGAUUCUCACGUGUCGAGACGAUGCUUUUCAAGUUGAGAUUUCAAGCAGAUGAUGGAAGAGAGCGAAGAGCCUUCGUGGACAGUCUGAAUCUUAAUUGGGAACAGGUCCAGGAAGAGGAGAAGAGAGAUCUUGGUGAACUGUUACUUUCUGCAACACCUGGCCUGCGCCGACUUGAGGACGAGAAUUGGUUCAAGGUGGAUUGGACGAGAGUUCCGGAACUCGUCGAACAUCGAACCGUGUUGAUCAAGAAAGGCAAAGCAUACGUCCCGCUACGGGAGCAAACAAGCAUGGUAUUAACCGAAUUCACAAACCGCCUAGAGAAGGGCCUGGAAUUGACAUCCAGAGCCCUUCCACGACUUGACGAAGAUGAUCGGUUGUCUCCUAUUCUUACGCACCUUUCCAAGAACUUCGCCACCCCCGAUGCUGGAUUCUCAGAAUCGGACUCGUCUCUUGCCGGGGCCCCCAUAAACGCUGCCAACAUUGAUCCUCUCUCACAACACUUCCCACUCUGUAUGAAGCAUCUUCACACGACAUUACGGAAGAACAAUCACCUCAAACACUUCGGCAGAUUACAGUAUACACUGUUCUUGAAAGGUAUCGGUCUCACAUUAGAAGACUGCUUACUCUUUUGGCGGCAGAGUUUCAAAACCAAAACCGACGAUGAAUUCAACAAAGAAUACCGCUACAACGUCAGACACGUUUAUGGCGAUGUGGGGGGCGAUGCCAACCGACGAGGGAAGGGGUAUACACCAUACUCAUGUCAAAAAAUCCUAAUGGAACAUCCACCUGGAACCGGUGAAGCACACGGGUGCCCAUAUCGACAUUUCAGCGUGGACAAUCUGACCAGCAUGUUACAGGCAACCGGCGUGCAUGAUCGAGACGUAUUGCGAGGAGUGAAGGAAGAUGUGGAGAAGAAGAGGUUCCACAUUGCUUGCAAUCGUGUCUUUGAAUGGGCACACAAGGCCGAAAUUAAAAAAGUCAAAGAUGAGAACAUUUGGGGUCCUGCGGAAUUGGAUACUAUCGUUCACCCAAACACAUAUUUCAAGCGAUCUUAUCUGCUCAAAAAUCUGGGAAACCAACCGAAGCAGGAUAUACGGAUGGAAGAAUGA